UUGUGGGCCGCUGUUUAAUAUGAAGGCAGUGUUAAAUGGCACAUUACUGAGAUCUCUUAUUUCUUUACUGUUAUACUUCAUAUAACUUUCCUGCUUGUGUUACAAGGCAGGUACUUUUUUAUUUUUGUAACACAGAUUUUCUCUAUCAUCUAUUAAGUCAAUAGGCCUUACCUUUCACUGAGCAGGUGGUCCUCCUGUUUUCCUCCCCAUGCCAUCCAGGUUCCAAUAAAAAUAUUUUUCUCUCUGAAAAUUGACACUUGGAGCAGCAUUGAUCCCUGUGUGCUCUGCAGCAUUAUCCACCACACCCAGAAUUCAAACUUCGUCAGCUGCAUGUGAACAACCGCACAAACACGCCAGCGUCUUUUGCUUCACACUUGCACCUUAAGGCUCUAGCAGCAGCUGUACGGAGAGAAAACCUGCAGGGAUACACAUUAGGAAUUAAAGAUGUUUCGUAAGAAAAAGAAGAAGCGACCUGAGAUCUCAGCACCUAUGAACUUUGAACACAGAGUCCACACUUCCUAUGACCGUCAGAAGGACAAAUUUGUUGGACUUCCCCUACAAUGGCAGAGCAUCAUCGAGACACUGAAGAGGCCCAAGCCAGUGGUGAAUCCCUCACGUAUCACCACAGUGGAGCUGAAGACAAGGAAGAGUAUUGUGAGGGGAAGCACCAUUGCUCUGGACAACAGUCUGCUAGAUAUGAUUUCUGAUUUUAAUAAGAUUUCAGUCAUCAGCUCUAACUCUUUACGAAAGACAAGCCCAUCUGCAAGGAAGAGGGCCCAGUCCUUAGGGCGACUUGGGGAGAUCAGGGAAGAAGACAGGUAUCAAUAUGAAGACCUGAACAUGAUGUCGAAAUGCAAGGACCAGAUCAAUUGGAAGGAUCGUGUCCGAGAUGCCAAAAGUGAGAGUGGAAGCCCACACCUUAACACCAAAAAAAAUGGCCUGAUCGCAAGGGCCAAGUCUACUACUGAUGUGCCAGUGUCCAAUUUAGAAGACUCAAGCUCUUCCAGUAGAGAAACCAGUCUUCAUCUGAACUCUCAAGGCAAAUUGUCAGAUUGUGGAGAAAGGAGGACUGACACAACAAAAGAGGAUGUGGCAAGGAGGGCCAAGCAGCCUAAGAGGACUUCUCCUGACAAGAGACCUGUCUCUUGUUUUCUGAUGCCCUCGGGCCCUCGAGCUCCAGGUGAUUACAGUGAUAGCUCUGUCCCCAGCACUCCUGAGUCUGCUCCUAGGGAAAGGGCUCUGCACAGAACAGUGAGUGGCCUGCCAAGACCCUUGUCGUCCUAUGACAUGAAGGUCAAUAGUGCUCCCAGGCAUGGCCAAACUUUCCUGCCUAACGGCAGCAGUAGUCCUCUAAUUGCUGAUACCCGAGUUCACCAAACAGCUAAAAAUGGAUCCAGUUUUACCAGAGGGAUGUCUGUCAGCCUGCCAUAUAGGAAUAUAAGAACUAAUGACUCUGUGGUGGAGGAUGGGCCACCAAAGAUCAGACUGUCCCCGAUGGGAUCUCCCGACAUCCGGCUGGCUCCAGGUUGUUCUCCCAGUAUGACAUUCAAAAAGAAUGGUCCUUCUAGACCAAAGUCCCCUGUGCAGAACCUGCCUAAUGUGAGUCAUGAGCAUUUUAAAGCCGCUCUCAAGAUGGUGGUGGACAAGGGAGACCCCAGAACCUACUUGAAGGACUUCGUCAAGAUUGGAGAAGGCUCCACUGGGAUUGUUUGUAUUGCCCAGGAGGUGCAUAGUGGGAGGCAGGUGGCAGUCAAAAUGAUGCAUCUUCAGAAGCAGCAGCGGAGGGAGCUGCUCUUCAAUGAGGUUGUUAUAAUGAGGGACUACCACCAUAAAAAUGUAGUGGAGAUGUACAAAAGUCACCUGGUUGAUGAAGAGCUCUGGGUGGUUAUGGAGUACCUGAAGGGUGGCGCUCUCACGAAUAUUGUAUCUGAAACAAGGCUGAAUGAGGAGCAGAUCGCCACUGUCUGUGAGGCAGUGCUGCAGUCUCUCUCCUACCUCCAUUCUCACGGGGUGAUACACAGGGACAUUAAGAGCGACUCCAUUCUUCUCACACCUGAUGGCCGGAUAAAACUAUCAGACUUUGGUUUCUGUGCGCAGAUCUGCAAGGAUGUACCAAAGAGGACAUCACUUGUAGGGACACCAUAUUGGAUGGCCCCAGAAGUUAUCACUAAAGCACCUUAUGGAACAGAGGUGGACAUCUGGUCGCUGGGGAUCAUGGUUGUGGAGAUGGUGGAUGGAGAGCCUCCGUAUUUCAGUGAAACACCAGUACAGGCCAUGAAAAGGCUAAGAGACCAGCCGGCGCCAACGGUUAAAAACAUACAAAAGCUCUCUCCCAUUCUGAAAGACUUCUUGGACCGGAUGCUUACCCGGGAUCCACUGGAGAGGGCGACUGCCACCGAGCUCCUGGAACACCCCUUCAUCCUCCAGAGUGGGACUCCGCAGUGCCUCGUGCCCCUGAUUGAGCAGUACCGCAAGCGCAUGUCCACCUGCUGACCUGCAGAGCGCCUCCUGGUGGUGUGAAAUUACUUGGGUCACUGGAGUUUUUGGCAGGAGCCCAUAAAUACACAGGAACCAUGCUAAAGAAAGGUUCAUCUCUGAGAACGACGGUCAUCACAAUGCUACUGAGGUGGGCAUACUGAUCAGUGUGGGGCGCAUGAGCGCCUGCUUUCUACUAAACAGGUAGUGCCACCAUCUGGGAUUCUUACCUUUACUGCUGACUUGCACAGAGACAUUUGAGACGUGGGUUUAGCCAGGAAAUUUCUCAAUAUUUGGUGGCUCUUCUUGUAUUAUAUAAGUUGUUUUGGGGGGGACACAUCUCGAUGCUUUGUAAUAAAGGUAAGUGUAACAAGAAGGCAAGCACAGUAGAGGCUGAGAGAGUGCCAUGGUAGAAGCAAGAGGCUCAGCUCUCUUAAGAUCUCCACUGGAUAAGCUCUCGCUUCUGACUCUGGCCCUGGGUUCACACCCCAAUAUUGCGGUCUCAGGGAGGGCAGCCAGCCGCGAGUGGGGGUAUCACCCGGAGAGAUUCCUGGCUGCUGACAAUAGCCAAGCAACAAAUCCUUACCACAGUAAGGAGGCAUGACCAUCUUGGGAUGGCAUUGCUGCUCAACCCCCUUCCUCUUCUAUUUGACGCGUGAGUGACACUCAGUUGCAUUCUCAUCCCUGCCCACAGAAAGAUCUCCUUUUUAGGGAGCAGUCUGACUGGCACAUUGUGUAUUCAGCUUUAGGUUACGUCUUUCCUGUAAUGCUCUUCAGCUCCAUCUCAUUUCAAGCCAUCCUUUCUCCCUUGUUCAAGCACUUUUGCUUUCAUGGCCCCUAAAGUCAUCCUGAUUUUAACUACACAAGAAAUAUCAGUUGAGGCAAAGCAGACAAGAGUGUUUCUGUACCACCCGUCCACAGCUCCUGCGGUGACUUACACAACACCACCCACCCAUGAUGACAGUCGUUGGCACCAGGAGGCCAUGGCUGGUACUCCAGUGGGCACACUCAAGACACAGGCAUGUGUUGAGUCCACGCCUGCUGUGUUAGCACAGGCCUACUGUGUGCUUGGGAGUGUUAUGGGGCUCUAGUACCGAAAAUACAGGAGCCCAUGGAGGACCAUAUUGGACUUUAGUGGGCUGUGUGGCGAACUUGAGGAGCAUCACCUCUAGUUUGGGGUGACAUAGACAAGUUUUGAUUCACCAACAGUUUUGUGAUAAUUCAUUUUGCAGGUGAUUUUGCAAUUGUGAAAUUGCCUAAAAGAGCUUUGGGAGUGUUUAAGGUUAUUUGAGGUGGAAAACAAGGAAUACUGCGCCCUAAAAGCUCAUCCACACUUGUGUGUUUACCCGUGUUCUCUUAUGCAGCUGCGUAAUGUAUGUAAUUUGUUGCAUGCUUGUCAAGUCAAUAUCCAUUUAUGCCUCCCAUUCACAUCACCGUGGAGGACUGCAGUGCUUUUUUUAAAUAAUUUCUCAUUUGGUUAUUUGGCCAAUGCUUUUAUCCAAAGCGACUUACAACAUUUGAGAUACAAUUGGUUACAUUUCUUUUUGUUUUUCCAAUUGGAGCACAAGUAGGUGAAGUGACUUGCUCAGGGUCACACAGUGGCAGUGGUGGGGUUUGAACCCACAACCUCAGGGUUUAAAGUCCAAAGCCUUAACCACUACGCCACACCGCCUGCCUAAAAAUGUGCCAUGCUACAUAUUUUCCACACAAAGACGCAGUAGAUCACACCGUUGUACACAUCCAUCCAUCCAUUUUCCAACCCGCUGAAUCCGAACACAGGGUCACGGGGGUCUGCUGGAGCCAAUCCCAGCCAACACAGGGCACAAGGCAGGAAACAAUCCUGGGCAGGGUGCCAACCCACCGCAGGACACACACAAACACACCAAGCACACACUAGGGCCAAUUUAGAAUCGCCAAUCCACCUAACCUGCAUGUCUUUGGACUGUGGGAGGAAACCCACACAGACACGGGGAGAACAUGCAAACUCCACGCAGGGAGGACCCGGGAAUCGAACCCAGGUCCCCAGAUCACCCAACUGCGAGGCAGCAGCGCUACCCACUGCGCCACCGUGCCGCCCCCCGUUGUACACAUUUCCUGUUUUCUCUCUCGACAUGAUUGUUCCCCCACAAGGGAAUUCCAAACCCCAACCCCACCGCUGUGUUAUCCAGCAGUCGCCCUUUCCUGUUCCUUAAUUUCUGCACUAAAGGUCUCUCGUCUGUCUCUGAUGCAUCUUUAGGAUUGAGGUCAAAAGUGCCAGGGUGUUGAUCGUACUACCAGAACACGCCUGGCGGCUCAACAGAUUGUCAACAUCUGCCACAAAGUGAAUCUUUUAUUUAAAUAUUAAAUGACAGGUUGGCACAUACGGAGUUGAAACGCGUACAGUAAAUAAGACAUCGAUUUUUUUUCUUGUGCCAUAGGCACAAAUUUCACUGGAGGUGAAACGCAAUUUCCAUCCAUCCAUCCAUCCAUUUUCCAACCCGCUGAAUCCGAACACAGGGUCAUGGGGGUCUGCUGGAGCCAAUCCCAGCCAACACAGGGCACAAGGCAGGAACCAGUCCUGGGCUGGGUGCCAACCCACCACAGGACACACACAAACACACCCACACACCAAGCACACACUAGGGACAAUUUAGAAUCGCCAAUCCACCUAACCUGCAUGUCUUUGGACUGUGGGAGGAAACCCACGCAGACAACAUGCAAACUCCACACAGGGAGGACCUGGGAAGUGAACCCGGGUCUCCUAACUGCGAGGCAGCAGCGCUACCACUGCGCCACUGUGCCGCCCCAAAACACAAUUUAUUUUAUAAAUUUAAUGGCAAGGUGAAAUGCUGAAAUUCCCUGCAGAUUCAUGUGAAUCGUUUUGUUCACCGUCUCAGUAACUGCGUCUAGCAGUCAUUCAGGCCACAUGCUCUUAGGCCUCUAAUAGCCCAGGGUGGCGCCUAUCACUUCUCUUGAUUACAGCCGUACUAAAAUGAAAUCACUGAUGGAAGACAAGCAGGAGAAACCUGGUCGUCACGUUCUCCUGGCACCAAAAGAUCAGAUCAUCUUUUCAUCUCAUCCACUGUCUUCUUCUCAGAUGGCCAUCUUUCACACCUAGGUAGCUGUCUUCCAUCCUUAUCUCUUUUCUAGCCUCCUCUUGGUCAGAUUCAAAGAAGGCAUACAAGCCAGAACAUUGUCUUUCAGUUAUUCAGUUUUAGUUUUCAGACAAGAUAAACUUUUGCCAGUUUUUACCCCUGGGUGGCGCUGUGGUGCUUCACAGACACAACGUCCUUGGUUUGAAUUCUGCACCUGGUUUUGUCCUUGUGUUCUCCCGGAGUGCUUGGGGGUUUUCCUCCUGUGUCCCCAAAGACGUACAGGUUAAGCUAAAUGGUGGCACUAAUUUGGCCCCAGUGUGUGUCCAGGUUUGUUUCCCAGCUUGUGCCCCCUGCUACUGGCUCUGGUCCUCAGUGGCUGUGAAUCAGAUUAUACAGUGUUGGAAUGCAUUUAUCUAUGUCUUUUGUACAUCUUUAAUGACAACUAAUUGAACAAAGCCACUCCAGCCAUCGUGCCAUCUGAGCAGACAUCGUCUGAACACUCGGGGUGGGAUGCCUCAUCCGAUGGCUUCAUCAUCUGCGCCUCAUCACUUGCAGUGUAUUCUGCUAUUAAAAACCCCAAAUGCUAGUCAUUAUUCCCUUGUUAGUAUCCGUGCUAAGGCAGCCCAGAUUCUUCAGCCCCACCGCCCUGGACGUCCUGGAAGAGCAGCUUAGUGACAGGACAUGUCAGGGUCACUGCAAAAAAAAAAAAUCUGCCGGCUUUGGUAUUUAUUGUAUAAUUUAAAAAGUCAAAGAGCAAGACUGCUGACUCUAGUUGUACCGCGCAGGGUUGAUGUCCAAAAGUGUUCACGCCCAAGAGUGUCGCUCGUGCCUUCUCCAGAAUGUUUUCCAAAGUGCAAUUUGGGUGACGCUUACUUUGAUUGUCCGUCGUUGGGUUUCUGCUGCUGUGACCCAUUGAAACACAGAGGUUGGCCUCCUCGAGAUGCCACGCGGCCCCCUGGACCCCUCUGCCUUUCGAAGAGGCUGACAGACGUGAUGCAUGUUUGUUUUCCCGAUUUGUGUAACACACAAGGUGAUGUGAUGCUUCUCUUCCAUUUCUAUGUGGACAUUUGUAGAUUGUUACGUCUUUUGUAAAGUCAUUAAAGUAAAGCAACUUUUUA